AUGCUCCCCCCGAUCCCAUCCAUUCCGUUUGCUGUCGUGCAACCCACUAUCUCCGGUCGAACUGGCUUCCGUUGUUGUUGCUGUUUCCAAGGUUUGGAUUCACAAAGGGGGUUUUCCCCUUCGACUGUCCAUCCUGUCAAAAAACCCGAUAAUUUCUCUUGUACCCUUGCAUCUCCUGAUGUUUUCAACAUCCGGUCUUUUCAUCUUUACAUUGUACGCCAUGAUAAUACUGGAGCUGGUGGAUGUUAG